AUGCGUCUCUUGGUGUUAUGCGCUUGUCUUAUUCUUGCUAUUGCUUUUGUGUACAGUAAACCUAUCAUUUCUCAAAUGAAUAAAUUCAAUGCAAUCAUUACAACAUCGUCUUCGUUACAGAUUUUGAACGAUCAAUUCAAUAAUAUUGCUGGUCAAAUUAUUGAUGUCCUGUCACCAAUCGAAUUGCAAAUACUACAACAAAAAGCCGUUCAACUGGCUGUGAAUGUUUAUAAUGGUAAAGUUGAUAGUAUUACAGCUGCUGAUCAACUACUGCAACAUCUUGAAGAAUAUCUUGGCUCAAAUUUACAAGUUUUUAGUACCGUCAAACCUCUUGUUCAACAAUUAACUGAGGCUGUUAUUCUAGUUGUACCUAUUUUACCAUCAAAUACUGGAAAACAUGAAGUGUCUGGUGUCCAUACUAGCCUCAAUGAUCUUCUUGUAUUACUCGAUCAAUUGCAACUUCAUACUUGGAAUGCUGUUAUUGCUGUAUUUCCAAAAUAUUCAGAUUUAGUUAAUCAACUCGUCGAUGCCAUUGAUCAAAUUACGAAUGCCUUCUCAUCACCACAAUUGAACUCACUUGCACAGCAAAUUAUUUAUCUAGCUCUCGAUGUCUAUGAUGAGAAAGUUGGCAUAUAUGUGGCCGCUGAUCAACUAUUCCUACAAGUUAAACAAUAUCUUGGUUCAAAUGCAAAACUUUUUAGCAAUAUCCAAUUUUUUGCUCAGCAGUUAAUUGAUGCUAUUAUUCUAGUUGUACCUAUUUUACCAUCAAAUAAUGAAAAACGUGAAACAUCUGCUGCUCAUGUUAAUGGUUUUGCAGUAAUUACAAAAGAUUUACUUCGUGAAAUGAUGACUCGUAAUCAUAGACGUAUUGUUAAUGUUGUUAGUAGUGGAAUAUUGAGUAGAAAUGCUUUUAGUUCAUUAUAUUCAUCUUCGACAGCAUCUUUAUUCACAGAAGCAGGUGUGCCAAUACCAGAAGAAGGUGUGCCGAUACGAUUGUACCAUCUUGGGAAAAUAUUCAUCAAAUUGUCCAAUAAGAUUCAACAAAACAAACUUCAAGGACCAUAUCUACUUAAAUCUGAAAUACAUACGUAUAAUCCGAAUGCACCAAAACAUGAACAAAAACGUCUUGCUCAUAAAUGA